AUGUGGGAUGGAGGCACAGUGCUGGGUGAUGACACGGUGCUGCAUGAUUUCAGAUUGCUGGAUGAUCGCACAGUGCUAAAUGAUUUAAAAGUGCUGGAUGAUGACACAGUGCUGGAUGAUGACACAGUGCUGGAUGAUGGUACAGUGCUGGAUGAUGGUACAGUGCUGGAUGAUGUGCUGGAUGAUGACACAGUGCUGCAAGAUGGCACAAUGCUCGAUGAUGACACAGUGCUGCACGAUGGCACAGUGCUGCAUGAUGGCACAGUGCUGUAUGAUGACACAGUGCUUGUGCUGGAUGGUGUAACAGUGCUGGAUGAUGGGACAGUGCUGAAAGAUGACAGAGUGCUGCAUGAUAGCACAGUGCUGAAAAAUGACACAGUGCUGCAUGAUGGCACAGUUCUGGAUGAUGAUGGCAUAGUGUUGGAUGAUGGUACAUUGCUGGAUGAUGGCACUGUGCUGGAUGAUGGCACAGUGCUGGAUGAUGGCACAGUGCUAGAAGAUGGCACAGUGCUGGAUGAUUGCACAGUGCUACAUGAUGGCACAGUGCUGCAUGAUGGCACAGUGCUGGAUGGUUUCAGAGUGCUGCAUGAUGGCACAGUGCUGGAAGAUGGCACAGUGCUGGAUGGUUUCAUGGUGCUGCAUGAUGGCACAGUGCUGGAUGAUGGCACAGUCCUGGAAGAUGGAACAUUACUGGAUGAUGGUACAGUGCUGGAAGAUGGCAGAGUGCUGCAUGAUGGCAGAGUGCUGCAUGAUGGCACAGUGCUGCAUGAUGGCACAGUGCUGGAAGAUGGCUCAGUGCUGCGUGAUGGCAUAGUGCUGGAUGAUGGCACAGUGCUGGAUGAUGAAACAGUGCUGGAUGAUGGCAAAGUGCUGGAAGAUGGCACAGUGCUGCAUGAUUGCACAGUGCUGGAAGAUGGCACAGUGCUGGAAGAUGGCACAGUGCUGGUAGAUGGCACAGUGCUGGAUGAUGGCACAAUGCUGCAAGAUGGCACAGUGCUGAAUGAUUGCACAGUGCUACAUGAUGGCACAGUGCUGCAUGAUGGCACAGUGCUGGAUGGUUUCAGAGUGCUGCAUGAUGGCACAGUGCUGGAAGAUGCCACAGUGCUGGAUGGUUUCAUGGUGCUGGAUGAUGGCACAGUGCAGGAUGAUGGCACAGUGCUGCAUGAUGGCACAGUGCUGGAUGAUUGCACAGUGCUGGAUGAUGGCACAGUGCUGGAUGAUUGCACAGUCCUGGAAGAUGGCACAUUACUGGAUGAUGGCACAGUGCUGGAAGAUGGCAGAGUGCUGCAUGAUCGCAGAGUGCUGCGUGAUGGCACAGUGCUGCAUGAUGGCACAGUGCUGGAAGAUGGCUCAGUGCUGCGUGAUGGCAUAGUGCUGGAUGAUGGCACAGUGCUGGAUGAUGAAACAGUGCUGGAUGAUGGCAAAGUGCUGGAAGAUGGCACAGUGCUGCAUGAUUGCACAGUGCUGGAAGAUGGCACAGUGCUGGAAGAUGGCACAGUGCUGGAAGAUGGCACAGUGCUGGAUGAUGGCACAGUGCUGCAUGAUCGCACAGUGCUGGAUGAUUGCACAGUACUGGAUGAUGGUACAGUGCUAGAAGAUGGCACAGUGCUGGAUGAUGGCACAGUACUGGAAGAUGUGCUGGAAGAUGGCACAGUGCUGCAUGAUGGCACAGUGCUGAAAGAUGGCACAGUGCUGCAUGAUGGCACAGUGCUGGAAGAUGGCACAGUGCUGCAUGAUGGCACAGUGCUGGAAGAUGACACAGUGCUGCACGAUGGCACAGUGCUGGAUGAUGGCACAGUGCUGGAAGAUGGCACAGUGCUGCAUGAUGGCACAGUGCUGGAAGAUGGCACAGUGCUGCAUGAUGACACAGUGCUGGAUGAUGGCACAGUGCUGCAUGAUGGCACAGUGCUGGAAGAUGACACAGUGCUGCAUGAUGACACAGUGCUGGAUGAUGGCACAGUGCUGCAUGAUGGCACAGUGCUGGAAGAUGGCACAGUGCUGCAUGAUGGCACAGUGCUGGAAGAUGGAACAGUGCUGCAUGAUGACACAGUGCUGGAUGAUGGCACAGUGCUGCAUGAUGGCAUAGUGCUGCAUGAUGACACAGUGCUGGAUGAUGGCACAGUGCUGCAUGAUGGCACAGUGCUAGAAGAUGGCACAGUGCUGCAUGAUGGCACAGUGCUGGAAGAUGGCACAGUGCUGGAUGAUGGCACAGUGCUGCAUGAUGGCACAGUGCUGGAAGAUGGCACAGUGCUGCAUGCUGACACAGUGCUGGAUGAUGGCACAGUGCUGGAUGAUGGCACAGUGCUGCAUGAUGGCACAGUGCUGGAAGAUGGCACAGUGCUGCAUGAUGACACAGUGCUGGAUGAUGGCACAGUGCUGCAUGACGGCACAGUGCUGCAUGAUGGCACAGUGCUGGAAGACGGCACAGUGCUCGAAGAUGGCACAAUGCUGCAUGAUGGUACAGUGCUGCAUGAUGGCACACUGCUGCAUGAUGGUACAGUGCUGCAUGAUGGCACAGUGCUGAAUGAUGGCACAGUGCUCGAAGAUUGCACAAUGUUGCAUGAUGGUACAGUGCUGCAUGAUGGCACACUGCUGCAUGAUGGCACAGUGCUGGAUGAUAGCACAAUGCUGCAUGAUGGCACAGUGCUGCAUUGUGUUAUUGAUGUGAUUGAUUGUGUCUUUGAUGUCUUUGAGUGUGUUAUUGACGUGUUUGAGUUUGUCAUUGAUGUCCUUGAGUGUGACCUUGAUGUCUCGAAAGUGCUGCAUGAUGGAACAGUGCUGCAUGAUUGCACAGUGCUGCAUAAUGGUACAGUGCUGCAUGAUGGCACAGUGCUGCAUGAUGGCACAGUGCUGCAUGAUGGCACAGUGCUACAUGAUGGCACAGUGCUACAUGAUGACACAGUGCUGAAUGAUGACACAGUGCUACAUGAUGACACAGUGCUGAAUGAUGACACAGUGCUGAAUGAUGACACAGUGCUGAAUGAUGGCACAGUGCUGCAUGAUGGCACAGUGCUACAUGAUGGUACAGUGCUGCAUGAUGGCACAGUGCUGCAUGAUGGCACGGUGCUGCAUGAUGGCACAGUGCUACAUGAUGGCACAGUGCUGCAUGAUGGCACAGUGCUAUAUGAUGGCACAGUUCUGCAUGAUGGCACAGUGCUGCAUGAUGACACAGUGCUGCAUGAUGGCACAGUGCUACAUGAUGACACAGUGCUACAUGAUGACACAGUGCUGAAUGAUGACACAGUGCUACAUGAUGACACAGUGCUGAAUGAUGACACAGUGCUGAAUGAUGACACAGUGCUGAAUGAUGACACAGUGCUGCAUGAUGGCACAGUGUUGCAUGAUGGAAGAGUGCUGCAUGAUGGCACAGUGCUACAUGAUGACACAGUGCUGAAUGAUGACACAGUGCUACACGAUGACACAGUGCUACAUGAUGACACAGUGCUGCAUGAUGACACAGUGCUGCAUGGUGACAGAGUGCUGAAUGAUGACACAGUGCUGCAUGAUGACACAGUGCUACAUGAUGACACAGUGCUGAAUGAUGACACAGUGCUACAUGAUGACACAGUGCUACAUGAUGACACAGUGCUGAAUGAUGACACAGUGUUGCAUGAUGGCACAGUGCUGCAUGAUGGAAGAGUGCUGCAUGAUGGCACAGUGCUACAUGAUGACAGUGCUGCAUGA